GAGAGGUGCGGGUGGCGGCGAGCGGAGGGCGGCGAGCCCCGCGUUUCAUUCUCGUCGGCAGAUGGCGGAUGCAGUGGACGCUCUCCGUCAGUCGCGCAUAGACAACUCACCGAGAUCAGUGUGCUCGCAACACUCAGCACCAUUUUGUGUGUAUCUUUUCGAACGGGACAUUGUGUGUUUGUGCUCCGUGAACGGACGUGAACUCACGACGCAGCAGUGUCAAACGACGUUCGGCGUUUCACUUUCGACAUGCGAGCAGAGGGAUCGAUGCGAUAUCUCGGGCGCCCGUAGAAACCGCGCCUCCGUCAUGAGCGAGUGAUCGUCGACGUAAAAAAAAGCGAACACAGGAAACAUGUCCGGGCGGCCCGCCGACGCGGAUGCGAGCGAAGGGUUCCAGUUCGAAAUUCGAAUGCGGUCAUGUCAUCGCCUCUCGGAUUUCUCAUAAGUCACCGUCCAAUGUCAAAAUCGUGCACGUCCCGCGAGCGCCGACCCUCCGGAUCGUGCGGAAAAUGCAAUCGUUGGUAGUUUGGUGGGCGGUGAUGUCGGUCGCCUGGGCGCUGGCGGGUGCCUGCUCGAGUUCCAUCUCGAAGCGGCCCGCGCGACCGGCACGGCCGCAGCGGCCCCAUCCGCAGCCGCAGCCGCAGCCGCGGCUCAACGUCACCUUCCCUACGUUCAAGUGCGAGCCGGACUACUCGGAGUACUACUGCCUGAACGGCGGCGUGUGUUUUACGGUGGUGAUCUCCGACAGCCCCAUCUACAACUGCGAGUGCCGCAGCGGGUUCGUCGGGCAGCGAUGCGAGUUCAAGGACCUGGACGACUCGUACGUGCUGACGAGCCGGCAGCUGAUGAUGGAGACGGCGUCGAUCGCCGGUGGCGCGACGGUGGCCGUGUUCCUCGCCAUUCUAGUCUGCUUCGGCGCGUGGGUGCGGCUGCACCGGCGCGGCAAGGCGCCGCCGUCGGAGGAGCGCGGCCAGGUGGAGCUGGUGGCGGUGGCGGCGCCGGGCGGGCGCGUGUCGCUGGCCACGGCGCCCCGCAUGCACGGCGCGCACCCGCCGCCGCCCGCACUAGCCCCGCCGCCGCCGCACUAGCCGCCGGCGCCUCCAGUGUAUAUAGAUAGUUUAUGUGUUAAGUUAUGUGCUGAGGACGGAAGAUGUAAGAAAAAUUUAUGUGAUAAUUAUUUUACAAGCUUAUAAUUUAUUCGGAAGGAAUUCUUUUGUAUAUACCGUUGGAUCCGUCCGGUUCCACCUUGCGGAUAAAAUUUCAGUUUCCCUCCCGGUGUUCAUUUGUGGAUUGUAUCAGCAUCCAGUCCAGUGUUUGUGGGACGUGUGAGAACUGCCACCUUGUACCUAAUACUGCUCGCUUCAACUACACCUGUUAUAUGUUAUGUUGUUGUUUGUGCUGUAUCCACUGAUACGGAGAGUGACCUGAGCUCACCGCUCACAAACUAUUUCUUUUUCACAUCUUAUUUGCCAUCACAUUAAGAGUAUUAAUAAGGAAUAAGUUUUUGUGUAGCGGUGGGCAGGUGUGUGCAGGGUGUUGGUGAGUUUGUUUGUCCGUCACUCUGCACCCACUGGAUGUUAUUGUUUGUUAAUGUAUCCCGAGCUGUGAGGCGCCGGCGUGGUCUGCAGAGGGCCCGGAGCCCCUGCAGGCCACGCGGGCCCGCACGGCAUGCAGCAAUGCUGUAGUAUUUAUUGGACUGUAGUGCACAUGUGAGUGUUGGGGACGCCGAGCAGUGCGUUGGUUCCUAUAGCUGUACCGGGCCGAGGCCCGCACAUUCCAUCUCGCGGAUAGGAUAAUUUUACUGGAGUCAGUAUUAUUUUGUAAUACAAGUGUUAAGCGGGCAGCUUUAUUAUAUUUUUAAUUUAUACCUGUUAUCCCGGUGGGAUAGUGCUGUAUUGUAUAUGUUCAAAGUCUGAGCACGUACCGUCGACAAGGAACGCUUCUUUUUGUAAAUAUAGCCCGUGUAGGUAUUUAUUAGAUAUUUAUGUUGGAUUAUUUAUUGACUGCUUAUUUAGUUAAUGUACGCGCGGACGGCGCCGGGGCCGCUGGGCACCGGUGCCUCGGGGCUCCGGAGCUCAGGGGGGUCCCAGGGCCGUCUCGACAAAUUCGCCUCACUAAGCGGUUAACUGUUGUAUUCUCAUUCACCCUGCUAAGCAUGGCCUCGCGUAUUGUAUAUUCAAUUGUAAUCUCAUCAUGAAUCUCUCAUUGUCUAGUUUAUUGUAAAAAUUGAAAUAUAACAUUGGAUGGUGUGUAAUGUAAAGUGGUGCCCGUCGAGGUGAGCCGUCGUGGUCCCCUCCGCGCCCCCCACCCGGGGCCCCGGCCGUGCCCUUCACAGUUUCUGUCACAAAUUGUCAAUGUAUAACCAUUCUCACAUAUUCGUAGUCAUUGUAUUUGAGAAACGCCGCAGACACUGUGGAAUGGGCGGCACAUGGCUAAAAACCAAAAUAUAUUGAGCUCUCUGUCUAUAAAUAGUGUAUCCGACGACGGCUCAAGCCUCGAAGGGGACGCAAAAAAAUAGCAAAGUUAGAUAGGCUGUGAAAUCACAGAUUUAGACGGGGGGCGGGCGCCUGUCUGGCGGUUUUACCAUAGACCUGGUGCGCCGCGGCGCAGUUUCAUUAGUUGACGAGUGUUGUCACAGAGGCGCCCGCGCCCCGUCGCCGAGCCCGCGCUGUUCGACCGCCACAUUUCGCCCCCGGCCAGUCGACGUGCGGGACUCGUAGCGCCGAUUCAUAUGAGAUUGUUUAUACGAACAUUCCAAAGUAUUUGUAAUAUAUUACCUACAAUGCUAAUAAUUUUGAAGUAUGUGUUAAGAAGCUACAUUGUUAAUUAUACAGUUUUCUAUUGAUCAUUUGUUAAAAGAAAAUUAUACGAAACUAAAUCCUU